UCACCUUUUCUUUCUGAACAUUUCUUGUUACUAAAAGUGAAUUUUGUUUACUCAGUGUGUGGCGAGGUUGAAGCACUGCUGGAGAUGAUCCUAGGAGCGGAGGCGAACCCAUCGAUGUCGGACAUUCAUGAACUUUAUUCAUUGAACUUCUGGUACUGAAGGCACUUUUAGCAGGGAGAUAAAUCAUGCAUGUUUUGGUUUCAAGACGGAUCUCACAUUUUUACUUUUUAUAAUGGUGUUUCAGAGAGGCAAAUUUUCGGUUGAGAAUAUCAUUUCAACAUUAAAAUCGAAUAAUGUUUCAUCUUUGCCACCUGAAGGGCCAAAGUUGACAAGCUUGAUUCAAGUUGUGGGUGCUAAUCGGCCAGGCUCAUAUAAGAAACGGCUGUACCUGUUCAUUAAGAGGCAUCGAGAACAGAUUGUAAGUAAUUUAGUUAGUAAUGGUAGUGAUGAAUCACAAUUUAGUGUAAAUCCUCUAUGUCCCAAUAAGGUUGGUGUUGAAAAUAAGGAGUCUGUUAGUCAGUCAGAAGAAAGUGACAAAUUACAUUUCCAUGUUCCACCUCCUCAUGGCGUAUCUGACAAAAGUGAGGAGUUGGAAGAGUAUGAAAUAGUGAAUUUAGGUAUAGAUCAUGUUAAUUUUGAAGAGGUUGCAGAAAGUCAAAUUCCACCAAGAAAAGUAAAGUGGAGUGGUGAAUUUCAAGAAAUCGGAGAUUUUUCGUUACCUGAGGAGCGAUGGGAAAAAAUUUGGAAUUCUCAAGCAAGGUCAUUGAUACCACAUAAGUACUCGUCCGUUUUACUCGAUGCACUGGGUCGAGCAAACUUAUGUAACUGCGUUUUUUUGGUAAAAUCAACCAGUAAAAAUCAAAAUGGUCUAAGAAUACUUUGUUACUGUGCAUAUCCUAGUUGCAGUAAAGCUUUUAAAAUUUUGAGUAGAGGAUUCCCUGAACCUGGCUUCUCAUUGAAAUUUUCUCUUUUAUGCAAAGGGCAUGAGUGUCAUGUAAGUGAUAAAAAAAUUUUCAGGCAUGUUAGUGGUUUCAUUCGAGAUGAGGUAAAAAAAUCUCUUUCCUCUCAAAGACCUUUCAAUUAUCGCCGGGAACAAAUUAGGAACAACAGUGAGGCAGUCAUUAAAAAUGGAAAUGUUUGUGCUGUCAGACCCUCAGAAACCAUCAGAAAAAUUUCUUCAGAAUACCUUGCCAGGCAUGACACUGACAAGGAUGUCCUUGUCAAUGCAUUGAAUGAUUGGAAGGACGGUAUAAUCAAUCACAUUCCAGAUGAUGAUUCUUCUGAUCCUCAGAAACAUAUUUUCUUACGAGAAGUUGCUGCUCCGAUGCGUGCAUAUAUGGGUAGUAUAGAGGAGCUGCAAUUAUUUGAGACGUCCAUAACAUUGAAUUCCCUCGAGUCUAAAGGUCCAGUGUUAUAUUUAGAUGCCACUUCCUCUGUGGUCCAACCAUAUUUUAUUCGUAAUGUAACAAAUUUGAAGAGUUUCUAUUAUGUCCUGUGCUUUAAAAUAGGAAAUAGAAUAAUCACUCUGGCCAGCUCUGUGCUCUCUCAGCAUGAUAGUUGUCGUAUC